AUGGACAAGUCUCCGCUCGUACACGCCCCGCCGCCCCCGCCACCAGCAUAUGCAUCGUACCCCGAGGGCACCCAGCCCGGGGUUCACGCAGUGCCCCCGCCGCUGCCCCCGCACCCGCCCGCGCACACCAUCGAAGUCGGCGGCAGCGGCGGCCCAGACGCCCCGCCGCCGCACGUAGAGUACGCGCAGCACAACCUGCCGCCCCCGCCCCCGCCCAGGCGCGAUACCUCCGGCACGGACCUGCGCAACCUCCCCCCACCGCCGGCGUUCCCGAACAACCCACCCCCGCCGCUCCCCACCCACCCGACGACGAGCCGCAAGAUCUCGCCCUCGACCGCGCCGCGCCGCCUCCCCCCCGCGUUCAACCCGUCCGAGGCGUCGUCCAACAAUGUCUCCCUCUCGGAGCUGUCGCUCAGCGCGCAGCCGUUCUCAGACGACAACGCGCCAGACGAGUUCAUCCGCGACCCGCACAAGCUGAUCGCGUACCUCGUCCCCCUGCCCCCUCCGGGCAACUUCAACGCCGACACCAAGCCCCCGCCGCUCCGCUUCCUGACCUACACCCCGCCGCCGCCACCGCUCGUCAAGACCCCCGACGAGGAUGCCGGCAAGGUCCACAAGGUCCUGCACAAGGCGCAGUACAAGUGGCAGGAGGAGGUGCGCGAGGCGCACGAGACCAACGCCAAGGUCACGUCGUGGAAGGGCUUCAAGUCGCGCCUGACCAAGGCUAUCGACUGGGGCAUGAGCAAGACGACGAGCGCGGAUCUCGACUUUGUGAACCGUAUCCCUAGUGACGGCGACAAGGUCCACCACAAGCCGGCGAACACGAGCACGAAUUCGAGCACGAACUCGACCACGACAAAGGCCGCCGACGGCAGCAGCGACGACCCCCAGCGCCUGUCGACCGACUCGCACCACGUCUUCCACGACGACGGCGUGCACGAGGAGGAGACGACAAAGGCCACAGUCAAGCUGGACGAACUGGUUCUCAUUUACCCUAUUACCAUGGACAAGACGGAGAAGGAGAUCCGCGAGGAGUUUAUCAACUCGCUCAUGCGGACCAAGACCAAGGCGCAGCGCGACGCCGUCAUCGCGACGGGUCUCCUGCCGGUGUCGGUCGCGGUGGACACGCUUCUCAUGUUCGUCGGCUGGGUCUUUGGCGGCCUGUUUGAAGUCGACGCGGUGUGGGCGGCCAACUCGCUGCGCGGCGCCAAGACCGCGCGGUCCGUCACCAAGCGCCUCGCCAGCUCAACCAAGAGCGGCAGCGUGCACGACUCGGACGAGCACAUCCAGCUGCGCUUUGUCGCGUCGGCGCGCGCCGAGCCGCUCCAGAACUACCUGCUGGGCCAGUGCCUGAAGAAGGACGUCGGCAUGUUCUCCCGCCCGCGCGGCGUCGCCAUCCCCACCGGCUCGGACGUGCUCACCGCCAUCGGGUGGCACAACUCUGGCGUGUACCAGAAGACCAACUGGGAGGACGAGGCGUGGGAGCGCGAGCAGGUCGAAGAGGACCUCGAAAAGACGUUCAAGAAGGCCGCGAGCGCGUGGGACAAGUGGCUCAUGCUGUACGAAAAGAACCCCGAGAAGGCGCUCAAGAAGUAG